CAUAUCCAUAUUGUUCUGAAUUGAUUGCUGAUUUAUUUCAUUAAGGGUCCAAGCACGAAUCUUCAAUGUUUCAUGGAAAAAUAUCUAAGGAAUGGAAAGAAAGACUAGAUUUCAGAGUAAGCAAAGAUUCUGCUCUUGGCUCGUCCUUUGGCUCUUCCAUUAAUUUGGCUCAUCGAGGCUCAAUGUCGUCCCUGUAUACCUCAGAUAUGAGUCGAACCUCUUCUCGGUCUGGAUUAGUCACCCGGAAGUCCGUUUUAAUAGCAGAUAAAGAUGAGAAACAUACUCUCACUGUUCAAGGACCAAGGUUCACAGACUUUUCAGGACCAAAGUCGUGUAUCCACGCAAAAGAUGGAAAAGCAGGAGGUAAAUUACGGAUAGAAGGUCCAGCAAUAACGUAUGACGAAUCAAUGAAGAGUACUAAUCCUAAGGAUGAGAAGACAAGAGCUAAUGCACAGCUUCAGGCUGCGACAAAAAAAUUUGAUGGUUCUGAAACCGGUUUCAAAUUCAAAUCCGAAGACUCACAUCUUUGUGCAGGAAAUGAAAUGAAAAACCAGUUCAGAGAAGAAGGUUAUCAACCUGAAACCAGUUUCAAUUUCAAAUCUGAAGAUCCACUUCUUGGUGGAAGAAAGGAAGAGAAAAAACUGUUUGAGGAAGAAGAAUCAAUGACGGGUAUUAACGUAAAUGAUGCGGAAGCAGGAGAUAAUUUACAGCUACCAGAUGCGACAACAACAUUUGACAGUUCCAUAUCUAACCCAUGCGAAGUUCAAGCUGAAAAUGUCAACUCAAAAUCAGAAGUCAAAGAAGAAAAAAAUCAGUACGAAGGGAAAGAUAAUGAUGAGGAACAUACUCUCAUUGUUCAAGGAGCAAAGUCCACGGAGUUACCAGGAUGUCAACUAGACAUUGCCAAUAUAUUUGCACCGACUGUCGAUGAAGAAACAGAACUUGUACUAGAUGCUGAAACAACAUAUAUACCCCAAACAGAACCUCCGUUUUCGUAUGAUGAGAAGAAGCGAAGUUCGGAAGAAUGUGGAAUAAAAAAUGCAAAAGAAUUAAAGGUGGGUAUCUAUGCAAAAGAUGAGAAAACUGGAGCUGAAGUACGGCUAGAAGGUGCAACAAUAUCAUUUGACGAUAUUGAUGAGGAACAUACUCUAAUUGUUCAAGGAGCAAAGUCCACAGAGUUAUCAGAAGAAAACAUACUUGACCCCAGGGUAGAAGUUCAAAAUGUUAUAUCAGAAGGGGAAAAGAGAUCUGCUAUUUCUGAGACAGAGUCACAAGAAUCAAAGACUGAAAGAGCCCAGCUUGACCUAAAUGAAGCCACAACAUCCGAACCGAAAAGCAUAUGUUCACAAAAAGGUGUUGGAGAGCAAGAGUUCAAGGAUGAAAGUGCAAAAUUGCCACCAAACCUGAGAAGAGCCCAACACAGUGAUCAGUUGCACAACCAGAGUGAAGUUUUUCAUGAUGAUGUCAUCAGAAAAGAAUUUCGAGCCCAAAUAGGUCCAGAUGGGGGAAACAUUGAGAUAUGUGACUGUUUGGUCACAUUUCCUCCAGGUUCUUUCGAAGAACCAACAUUAGUAGAAGGAAAACUAGAAAUAGAUCCAUUACGAUGGCCUCCUGGUUACACACCCAUCUCCCCAAUGAUAUUUAUAAAAUCUGAAACUAAAACAAAAUGUCCAAUUACAGUGCAAUUGGUUUCUUGGUGUAAAAAUGGCGAUUCCGGAGAAGGAAAAAAUAUGACAGUUGACGUUCUCCAUCUCCCAGAUGAAAAACCUGAAUGGGAAGUCAUUUCUACUCAGCCCUUUACUAGCGAAACUAUGUUUAGGUUUGAUAGCCCCGACUAUAGCCCAUUCCUUGUCGCAAUUUAUGAAGACUUUACUGGCCCUGUCGAAUAUUUAGUCGACUGUCGUGUCCACACGAAACCUGAUAAUGACUUUCAGCUAAAUUUCAAUUUGCAAAAUCGAGUUAUAGAAGAACAUUUAUUAAAAUAUAAUCCGGGUAGGCUUCAGUCUGGUUUUCAGACAAUAUCAGUUCGCAAAAAUGACAGAAUAGCCAUAACCAUAAAGUGUGUUGAACCUGAUGGAAUUUUGUUUGUCACUGAGAGGUUUGAAUUUGUUGCUAACAAUGAUUUUUUGAGAAAAAAAUAUGAGCAAUUUGUAGCACACAUUGCAAAUGAAGCAGACGCACCCAGGCGAUUGAAAAUAUCAUGUGAUUUAUUAGUAAAUGGCGUUGCUGUACAAAGAGACCAAACCUUCAUGUAUACACUGGAUAUAGAGGGCGGCGGGCAAAAAGUCAACCUGUAUGGAGACUUUAACGUUGCUGGGAAUUCUACACUGAAUAUUUGUCCGCGGAACGUGGAAACUAAUAAUCUUCCUGUUGAGCAGCAUGAUAAUCACUUGGGGCGGUACAACGAACAAGGAACUAGUGUCUCGGCAUACUUUGUGUUCAUUGCAAUGCUGCUCGUCUUGUGUUUGUUCCAAGACGCCACAUCAAAAAUUAUAAUUUCUGUUAUUUCCUCUGCAAUAGUUAUGGCGAUUUUCACAGCAAUUUGUGAACGUAUUUAUCAACAGUUUUUUUGAGUUGUGUGCUACUUGCUAUAAUACUGUUUGCCGAUAAACGUAAAUAUUUGAUUUUGGACCAUACUGAUGUUAUUUUUUUUUUUUUAUCCCUGUUUACGAUAGGCAAUUUUCGUAAAAAUAUUUAUGUAUAAUUCAAUUUCUUAAUUUUUUUCAUUGUCUAAGUUUAUUCUGAAUAGUUGAUUUCCACCUAAGCAAUCUAUCUAAUGAGAUGCCAUUGCAUAUGCCACUGUUGAUUAGUAUUUUGUUUCUAUUUUAA